AUGGAAACCCACAGGGAAGAGACCGAGAGGACGUCCAAAGAAGCGAUGGAUAGAUGGUAUACAACAGGACUUAGAGAAAUUAGAGAUAUCAAAUUGGGAAGACAAGGUACAAAAUCGAGAAGAGUGGAGGGAGGUGUCGGUGGCGGCAAAAACUCUUGA